AUGGAAAUUUAUUUGGGGCAUCAGGGAAAGCCUUGUCCAGUACUUGGGGAAAUCCACGAAUGGGAGGACACCGACGAGCCAAUACAUCAACCGGAAGAGGACCUCCCUACUAUACUCGAACUUCCAUUCUUGAACGGCAAGCAAUGCAUAACCAUUGUUGACAAGUCCGGAGUACAUUCGCUCAUGAUACGGUUUUGUCAGUGUCCGAAUGCUUGUACCACCGACAAGCAAUUAUUUGAGAUGGGCAUGUUUCCGGCAUCCUUCACCCGGCCGAAGACCGCAUUUACCUUUCCGGUGCUGGAUGGUUUCGCCUUGGACAACUUGGAAUGCGGAACUUCGGCAAUGAAUUACUACAACAAGUUGAGAAGAAUGACGUCAAGUAUAUUUCCGCAACUAGUCCCUGUAGGUGUUGCAUAUAGACAUUCAACAUCAUCAAAGCUCAAUUCCCCACAGGACCGUUACAGAGAACUGAUGAGGGUAGCACGGCAAUGGCGACAGCUGAAGCUGUUCAAAUGGAAUGGGUUUGGUUAUGAGAGAAGAAGGCCGACAUCCGGUGAACUCGCUCUCUUUUGCCCAGCUUGCCCUCAGCCCGGCAUUAACGCCCCACUACCGGCCAAUAGGCCACAUAUUACAGUGACCUAUUUCCGUAUAAUACGAGGGAACGGACGUGCAUAA